CUCUCUCAAUCUCCUUAGGGUUUCAGGUCCUUAAUUUGAAUUUUGAAAAAUUUCUCCUGGUUUUCUCGUUAAAGCUUCAUCGCGAUUUCAUGAGAGAUUGACUUCCCAAUGGAUUUGAAUCUACGAAAGGGCGAUAAGGUUUGGGUUGAGGAUAAGGAUUUGGCGUGGAUUCCCGGUGAUGUCCUCGAUUCUUCCGGUAACAAGGUCCACGUCGAGACUUCUACGGGGAAAAAGGUUUCCGUCGCGCCGGGGAAGCUAUUUCGGAGGGAUCCUGACGAUGAGGAGCAUAAUGGAGUGGAUGAUAUGACAAAGCUGACUUACUUGCACGAGCCUGGUGUGCUUUACAAUCUUCAGAGGAGAUAUGAUCUCAAUGAUAUAUACACAUACACUGGAAGCAUUCUGAUCGCUGUUAAUCCAUUUAAGAAGCUUCCACAUCUCUACGAUGCGUACAUGAUGGAACAGUACAAGGGAGCACCAUUCGGUGAGCUCAGUCCUCAUGUUUUUGCUGUUUCUGAAGUUGCAUACAGAGCAAUGAUUGACGACAGUCGAAGUCAAUCUAUACUCGUCAGCGGUGAAAGUGGAGCUGGCAAAACUGAGACAACGAAACUAAUCAUGCAGUAUCUUACAUUUGUUGGGGGACGUGCAGCUGUAGAUGACAGAAGUGUUGAGCAGCAAGUCCUUGAAAUUUUAAAAUUCCCAAAAAUGACGGAUUUACUGACAGAACUACUGAAUUUUGGUUUGUUCAGCCGUUUUGGCAAGUUUGUCGAAAUCCAGUUUGACGCAAAUGGUAGAAUAUCUGGUGCUGCAAUCAGAACCUACCUUCUCGAGAGAUCACGUGUAGUCCGGAUAACAGACCCUGAGAGGAACUAUCAUUGUUUUUAUCAGCUGUGUGCUUCCGGGAAUGACGCUGAAAAAUAUAAAUUAAGCGAUCCACGUCAAUUUCAUUAUCUAAAUCAAAGCAAGACUUAUGAACUGGAGGGAGUAAGCAACGCAGAAGAGUAUAAGCAUACAAGGAGGGCCAUGGAUAUUGUGGGCAUAAGUCACGAUGAGCAGGAAGGGAUAUUCCGCACGCUUGCUGCAAUUCUGCAUCUUGGAAAUGUUGAGUUUUCCCCAGGAAAAGAACACGAUUCUUCGGUAGUAAAGGAUCAGGAGUCUAGAAUUCAUUUGGAGAUGGCUGCUGAUCUUUUUAAGUGUGAUCCAAAUCUUUUGUUGGCUUCGCUCUCUACACGUUCAAUUCUGACCCGUGAAGGUCCCAUAAUCAAAGCACUUGACUGUAAUGCUGCUGUUACUAGCCGGGAUGCACUCGCGAAGACUGUUUACGCCCGUCUGUUUGACUGGUUGGUUGACAAGAUUAAUAGGUCUGUUGGUCAAGAUCCAAACUCACGUUUUAAAAUUGGAGUCCUGGACAUUUAUGGCUUUGAAUGCUUUAAGAGUAACAGUUUUGAACAAUUUUGCAUCAAUUUUGCAAAUGAAAAGCUUCAGCAACAUUUCAAUGAGCAUGUAUUCAAGAUGGAGCAGGAAGAGUACAGAAAAGAAGAGAUUAAUUGGAGUUAUAUCGAGUUUGUUGACAACCAGGAUGUCUUGGACCUUAUAGAGAAGAAACCUAUUGGAGUAAUUGCACUCUUGGAUGAAGCUUGCAUGUUUCCUAGAUCAACUCAUGAAUCAUUUUCAAUGAAGCUAUUCCACAACUUUAAAACGCAUCCUAGAUUAGAGAAGCCAAAAUUUUCAGAGACGGACUUUACGCUCUCUCAUUAUGCUGGCAAGGCAAGUCGUGCUCUAGAACAAAGCUUAAUGUUAUUUUGUGUUACUUACCAGACUGAAACGUUUUUGGAUAAAAACCGUGAUUAUGCUAUAGUGGAGCAUUGCAAUCUGUUGUCUUCAUCCAAAUGCCCCUUUGUUGCUGGACUUUUUCCGUCAGCGCCAGAGGAGUCUACCAGGUCAUCUUACAAAUUUUCUUCCGUGUCUUCCAGAUUUAAGCAACAACUUCAAGCUCUCAUGGAAACUCUCAACGAAACGGAGCCUCACUAUGUUCGUUGUGUUAAGCCAAACUCACUCAACAGACCUCAGAAGUUUGAGAAUCCUAGUGUCUUACAUCAACUUCGUUGUGGGGGUGUACUGGAAGCUGUUCGGAUUAGUCUUGCAGGGUAUCCCACACGAAGGUAUUAUUCAGACUUCUUGGAUCGGUUUGGUCUGCUAGCUCCAGAGUUCAUACAUGAGAGCAAUGAUGAGCAGGCACUGACCGAGAAAAUCUUGAGAAAAUUAGGUCUUGGGAAUUAUCAGCUUGGAAGGACAAAAGUGUUCCUUAGAGCUGGUCAAAUUGGCAUUUUGGACUCUAGGCGGGCUGAAGUUCUUGAUGCUUCUGCAAGACUCAUUCAGCGAAGACUGAGAACAUUUGUUACGCAUCAGAACUUCAUCUCUGCGCGGGCUUCUGCCAUUUCUAUUCAAGCAUACUCUAGAGGAUGCCUGUCUCGAAAUGCUUAUGCCACUAGAAGGAAUGCUGCGGCAGCAGUUUUGGUACAAAAGUAUGCGCGCAGGUGGUUGUCAAGAUGUGCAUUUGUGAAAUUUGUAUCGGCUGCCGUAGUAUUACAGUCUUACAUCCGUGCUGAUUCAGCUCGUGUGAAGUUUGCACAUCAGAAACAACACAGAGCUGCUUCUGUCAUUCAGGCUCGUUGGAGAAUGCAUAAGAUUCGGUCAGCAUUCAGGCAUCGUCAAUCUUCCAUUAUUGCCGUUCAGUGUUGUUGGCGGCGGAAGCUUGCAAAGAGAGAGUUUAGAAAACUUAAACAGGCCGCUAAUGAAACAGGUGCUUUGCGAUUAGCUAAAACUAAACUUGAGAAGCGGUUAGAAGAUCUUGAAUGGCGGUUGCAGCUUGAGAAACGAUUGCGAACAAGUGGUGAGGAGGCCAAGUCAGGUGAAGUAUCCAAGCUUCAGAAAACAUUGGAAUCUUUCAGCCUCAAACUAGAUGCAGCUAAGCUGGCUACCAUUAAUGAAUGCAAUAAGAAUGCAGUACUUCAAAAGCAACUAGACAUAUCCAUAAAAGAGAAGGCUGCUGUUGUAAAAGAACUUAAUGGAAUGGUUGAACUGGAAAAAGAGAACACUUCUUUGAAGAACUCGAUGAAUUCCUUGGAAAUGAAGAAUCUGGCUCUGGAGAAGGAGCUUCUGAGUGCUAAAACCGAUUUCAAUAACACAUUACAGAAGUUGAAAGAAGCUGAAAAAAGAUGUUCUGAACUCCAGACGAGUGUUCAAAGUCUCGAGGAGAAACUUUCUCGCUUGGAGAACGAGAACCAUGUAUUGAGGCAGAACACGUUAAGUUUAUCCCCGAAGAGAAUAGGACAGAGAGUUGGUGAAAAACACUUUAGUGCUAUUGUACCAGCUCAGAGUGACAGGAGAUCUGUUUUUGCGACACCCACACCAUCGAAGCACAUUAUGCCAAUAUCACAUAGCCUGUCAGAGCCACGUCGAUCCAAAUUCACUGCAGAAAGAAACUCGGAGAACUACGAGUUACUCACCAGAUGUAUAAAGGAAAAUUUGGGAUUCAAUGAUGAUAAGCCACUGGCUGCUUGUGUAAUAUACAAAUGUCUUCUACACUGGCACGCCUUUGAAUCUGAGAGCACAGCCAUAUUUAACAUCAUUAUCGAGGGAAUUAAUGAAGCCCUUAAGGGUGGAGAUGAGAACAGUGUAUUACCUUAUUGGCUUUCAAACACUUCAGCACUUCUAUGUCUCUUGCAGAGAAAUCUGCGGUCGAACAGUUUUCUAAAUGCUAGUGCUCAGCGUUCUGGGAGGGCUCCAUAUGGAGUAAAGACUCCUUUGAAACUUCAUGGACCUGACGAUGGUCCUGGGCAAAUAGAAGCAAGAUAUCCUGCAAUAUUAUUUAAGCAGCAGCUAACAGCAUGUGUGGAAAAGAUUUAUGGUCUAAUUCGUGAUAAUUUGAAGAAAGAAUUAUCACCGCUUCUUGGAUUAUGCAUUCAGGCGCCCAAAGCUUCACGAGGGACUGCUGGAAAAUCAUCUAGAUCACCAGGUGUUGCGCCGCAGCAAUCACCGAGUAAUCAAUGGGAAAACAUACUUAAAUUCUUGGAUUCUCUUAUGUCCCGCCUACGCCUAAAUCAUGUACCCUCGUUCUUCAUUCGCAAACUUGUGACUCAGGUUUUCUCGUUUAUCAACUUAUCACUUUUCAACAGUCUUCUCCUUCGACGUGAAUGUUGCACAUUUUCAAAUGGGGAAUAUGUGAAAUCUGGGAUUUCAGAAUUGGAGAAGUGGAUAGCUAGUGUCAAGGAAGAGUUUUCAGGAACUUCUUGGCACGAGUUAAAUUACAUAAGACAAGCUGUUGGAUUCCUGGUUAUACACCAGAAGAGAAAAAAAUCACUGGAAGAAAUCAGGCAGGACCUAUGCCCGGCAUUGACUAUAAGGCAAAUAUAUCGAAUUAGUACCAUGUACUGGGAUGAUAAAUAUGGAACUCAAAGUGUCUCAAGUGAGGUUGUUUCUCAAAUGAGGGUGCUUGUUGACAAGGAUAGCCAAAAACUAACAUCCAAUUCCUUCUUGCUGGAUGAUGAUAUGAGCAUUCCUUUCUCCGCAGAAGAUAUAGAUAAGGCAAUUCCAGUUUUAGACCCAUCAGAAAUAGAACCACCAAAAUUUGUAACAGAAUAUACUUGUGCACAGUCCCUUGUGAAGAACCCCUCCACAGCUUCAGCCUCAAAGCAGAUCACUUGAUGCAUAUGAGCUUUUGAUUAUGCAUCAAAUGAAAGUUAGAUGAAAAAAAAUCAUUUGGUAAUUUGCAAACUUCUCUUUAUGAGAAUGAAACAGUGGAAGCUUAGUCUUGGUAAAUGUAGAAUUUUACUAUACGUUGAAGGAAAAAAUAUUUGUAGUUGUGCAAUUGUCAGUUUUUCACGUUAUUUCUUUCUUUUUGGGACUGUAAAUGGUACAACAUCUUUUGUGAAUAUAAAGUAAUGAAUCUUAA